AGAAAAAGUCGAACUGUGAGAUCAAAAACUGCGCCAAAGACAACGGUAAUGCACACGCGAUGAUUUAUCGAAAUCAAGAAGAGAAAUGUUCAAAUCUUUCUUCAUUGAUAAUUUUUUGGUCCGAGUGUGAGCUUAAAAUUAUUGUAAAUUAUUUGCCUCAUUACUUCCAACGGAAUUCCAAUACAGCAUCGAUUAGUGGCGCCUCUGUUGGAAUUAUUCAACACUAGAAUUACUCACUAAUUUGACAGGUCGUCGAAUGUUGAUAAUAACAAUCAAACAUGUCUUCCACAACUUUAAUGAAACUGUCAUCGAAUUUGGGAAACAAAGGAAAACUUUUGUCAGAAUUGCGAAAAACAUUGUUACGACCCCUUGUUCAACUUGCUGUCAAAUCCAUAGAACAGGAGCAUAUCGAAGAUGGAGUGCUUGAAAGAAUAGCUGAGAAAUAUAAUGUACCACAGAACAAAGUUGACGAGUGGUAUGCUGCGAUACUAAUGAUAAUUCGGGUUCAUCUCAGAGCUCCCAAUAAUUCUAUAAAAAAUGCUGAAUUCAAACAAUGCCUGCAGGAAUUGAAAUUCGAAAAUGAAUGCAUAGAUGAUUUGUGUGCUGUUCUCUAUGGCCACAAAAGACCAGCAAUGUUGAACAGCCUUUCAGAAACCACAAGAAUGUUCCCCAGAGUAAAAAAAUUCCUCUGGCGUAUAGACAUCACUAUUUCAUCAAGUUCGCUCUCAAGAAUUCUCAAACCUGUAAUCCUGAUGGAAUGGAUCUUGAGCACAGGAGAACGCAAAAUUUUUGAACUGAGCUUAGCAAAAUUCCAUUUACUACGGCACACACUUGCUAGCUUGUUAUUAAAAAUGCAAGAGAUGGAAAACACCAAUAUGAUGAAAAGUGUGCAAACCAGUUAACGCGUCGAGUAAAAGUAUACAUUGGCAAAAAAAAUGCUUCAGUCUUAGUAUUUCAGUUCUGAAGGUUGCGAUAAAAGGGAGAAGUUUAUGAAUCUGAAGAGUUCAAGUGAGUUAAUGGAUAAGAUGUAACAAGACAUUUCUACAAAGUUUCUAAACUUUGGUCUACGAAAAUCAUGAGGAUUAAAAGAAUAAUAUGGUAA